GACUGAUCGAUGGCCGACGACAGAUCAGACGGUCCUGGGCUCUGGUUGGGAAACGGUGGUCGGUUGAAAUCAUUUAUCGUUAGGCCUCUUAUAUACUUCAACAUGAAAUUCUUGUUAAUCACCUGCUGGUGGUCGUGUUUGCUGUUCGUUCUGGCCAGCAGCACGGCGGAUGACAACCAAGUUGUACCCGAACGGCGUCAAAGUUUGGCGGAUUCCAUCCGCUUUCUGGACGUAACGAGGGGCGUGUUGCGCAAAAUCGGACAAGUUGGCUGGCUGUCGAAACUUCCGUAUCGGGAAUGGAUUCUGAAAAAGCUGGACACGGUCCACCUGUACGUUUCGGCCGGGCAAACGCUGGCCGAGAAAUUGGAUCCGGAUUUGCUGGAGGCUCUGGCCGGAUUGGCUGCUGGAAACGGGAGAUCGGAAGCGAGGAUGAGCUCGUUCGACGACUACGUGAUUAGUUGGCGCCGGAAGCCGGCGGAAAUUCCGGCCUACGUCCGCAAAAGUAAGACCAAGUUGAGCGACGACGAGGAAGAGCUGGACGAGGAUUACUCCGCCAGUCAAGACCGAGGCUAUUACAAAAGUGGCGGCAGCUACGGUGGAGGAGGAAAAGGAGGCUACGGUGGAGGCAGCAGCUAUGGAAGCGGAGGGGGAAGUUAUGGGGGUUAUGGUGGUGGAGACUACGGUUAUGGUGGUGGAGGCCAUGGAGGAAAUUACGGGGACCACGGCGGAGGCAACUACGGAAGCGGAGGCAGCUACGGCGGAGGUGGCGGAAGCUAUGGGGGAAGUGGUGGACACGGCGGAGGCAGCUACGGCGGAGGCAGCUACGGCGGAGGCGGAGGAAGCUAUGGAAUGGAUUCGUCUGGCAAGGCCUUCUCCAUUUUGGGUGGCCUUUCUUUUCUGACAUUCCUGGGCGUGUUGCUGUACCAACUGGCGACGCAGAGCGCCGCUACAGGUCGCGUUAUGGACGCCGACGCUCCUCUCUUCAUGUCCGAUUUUCACAGCAUCGACCGUCUGCUGCUGAUGGACAAUCCGCUACUCCUCACCAGAGACCUGAACGAACCCCCCGCCAUGGCCACCGCCGAGGAGGAAAGUCUGGACAUUCUCGACCAAAUGGCCGGCGUCUUCAACGGUUUGUGGCGGGCCCACCGCCAAGGCAAGUCCGUCCGACGACCGGGAUCCUCGCGUCGCUGCACCCAGCGACGCAUCUGCGAGACUUUGACGGCCAAUCAGCACGUCAUCUACGAUCCUCUCGUUCAAACUGCCACGAUUGGCAUGGCUUAUUGGCUAGGCGAUUCCGAUUCGGCCCACACUGUGGACCGGGUGAUGCAAGAAACGCUGGGCAUCAAAUCGAAUAAUAAUAGGCCGAUGUUUCAAGAUUUGUGCUCAACGAUCGUUCCCAAAUGUUUGCUGGCCGAAAGCCUCCGGUCGUCUUCUUCUUCAUCCUCCUCCCAGCAGCAGAGAAGAUUGAACCCCGUUGGUGCUGAUGAUGACGCCGCCGUCUCUGCUACUCGGAAUGAAAUCACAUGGUCAUAAAAAGCGGAUGACAAAUGAAUUCGUCGAGUAGACUACAUUAUAUUACAACACGUAUACAUUUUUGUUUUGUUUUUUGGGUUUUGGUUUUUUUGGGUUUUGGGUUUGGAACAAAGAAAAAAUGGGGGAUGUAACAUGAAAGGCCACUUUGACUACUCUUGGGCACGUCGGCAAAGGCCUCUAGAUUGUUGUAGAUUGAGAAAGGAAAAAAAAUUUGUUUUCCCUUUUUUUUCUUCUUUUUUCGUCGACAUCGUGGUGAUACGUUUCAAAAAUGGAAGGAAAAAAAGACAUCGCCGUUGGAUAUUUUUUGGAAGAAGGAUAUAAUUUUAUGGCCCUCUCUUUCUCUCCCCCCUUGUGGCGUAUACGCCAUCAGAUAAUACCAUGAAAUGUUAUUUUUUUGUUUUGUUCUUUUUCAUAUUUCAAUUGUAAUAAAUACAAAUUGAAGUCAAAGGUA